AAUCCGCAGAAUGCGAACGCGCUCCCAGAGGCAUCUUGCAUCAGCCCGGGGAAGUUCGCUCCUCGCCUGGCUCCCCCGGCCCGGGCGAGGGGCGAGGAGCCCGCCCGUCACCACCUCCCCGCUCCGGACUGCCGACAUGCUGGCCACCCCUAGACCAGCCCUGCUGCUGCUGCCGCUGCUGCUGCUGGAGGUCCUGCGGGCCGUGAGAGCCCAGGUCAACCCAGCGGUGUGCCGGUACCCCUUGGGAAUGUCGGGCGGGCACAUUCCCGAUGAGGACAUCUCGGCCUCCAGCCAGUGGUCCGAGUCCACAGCUGCCAAGUAUGGACGAUUGGACUCGGAGGAUGGAGAUGGUGCCUGGUGCCCCGAGAUCCCAGUGGAGCCUGACGACCUGAAGGAGUUUCUGCAGAUCGACCUGCACGCUCUCCACUUCAUCACACUGGUGGGCACCCAGGGGCGGCACGCUGGGGGGCACGGCAAUGAGUUUGCCCCCAUGUAUAAGAUCAACUACAGCCGGGAUGGUACCCGAUGGAUCUCCUGGAGGAAUCGGCAUGGGAAGCAGGUGCUGGAUGGAAACACCAACCCUUACGACAUCGUCCUCAAGGACCUGGAGCCGCCCCUCAUUGCGCGUUUCGUCCGCUUCAUCCCCGUCACUGACCACUCCAUGAACGUCUGUCUGCGCGUGGAGCUGUAUGGCUGCGUCUGGCUGGAUGGGCUGGUGUCCUACAAUGCGCCGGCCGGGCAGCAGCUUGUCCUUCCUGGGGGCACCAUCAUCUACCUGAACGACUCAGUGUACGAUGGGGCUUUUGGGUACAGCAUGACGGAGGGCCUGGGCCAGCUGACGGACGGGGUGUCAGGGCUGGACGACUUCACGCAGACCCACGAGUACCACGUCUGGCCGGGCUAUGACUAUGUUGGCUGGCGCAACGAGAGCACCACCGGCGGCUACGUGGAGAUCACCUUCGAGUUCGACCGCAUCAGGAACUUCACUGCCAUGAAGGUCCAUUGCAACAACAUGUUCGCCAAAGGGGUGAAGAUCUUCAAGGAGGUGCAGUGCUACUUCCGCUCCGACACCAGCGAGUGGGAGCCCAGCGCCGUCUCCUCAGUGCUGGUGCUGGAUGACGUGAACCCCAGCGCCCGCUUUGUCACCGUGCCCCUGCUCCACCGCAUGGCCAGCGCCAUCAAGUGCCAGUACUACUUCGCCGACGCCUGGAUGAUGUUCAGCGAGAUCACCUUCCAGUCGGAUGCAGCCAUGUACAACAACUCAAUGGCUCCCCCUGAGGUGUCCGUGGUCCCCACCACUUAUGAUCCCACACUCAAGGUAGACGACAGCAACACGCGUAUCCUGAUCGGGUGCCUGGUGGCAAUCAUCUUCAUCCUGGUGGCCAUCAUUGUCAUCAUACUGUGGCGGCAGUUCUGGCAGAAGAUGCUGGAGAAGGCCUCACGGAGGAUGCUGGAUGAUGAAAUGACCGUCAGCCUCUCCUUGCCCAGCGAAUCCAGCAUGUUCAACCACAACCGCUCCUCCUCCUCCAGCGAGCAGGAGUCCAGCUCCACCUACGACCGCAUAUUCCCCCUAGGACCCGACUACCAGGAGCCCUCCCGCCUGAUCCGCAAGCUGCCCGAGUUCACCCCGGGAGAGGAGGACACGGGCUGCAGUGGCCCUGCGAAGCCAUCCCAGGCCAACGUCCCCGAGGGUGUCCCCCACUAUGCCGAGGCCGACAUCGUGAACCUGCAGGGUGUGACGGGUGGCAACACCUACUCAGUUCCGGCCCUCACCAUGGACCUGCUCUCUGGCAAGGAUGUGGCUGUUGAAGAGUUCCCCAGGAAGCUGCUGACCUUCAAGGAGAAGCUGGGAGAAGGCCAGUUUGGGGAGGUUCAUCUCUGCGAAGUGGAGGGGAUGGAGAAGUUCACAGGCAAGGACUUUGCCCUGGAAGGCUUGGACACUAGCUCCAACCGUCCUGUGCUGGUGGCUGUGAAGAUGCUGCGAGCGGAUGCCAACAAGAACGCCAGGAAUGAUUUUCUGAAGGAAAUCAAGAUCAUGUCGCGGUUGAAAGACCCCAACAUCAUCCGGCUGCUGGCUGUGUGCAUCACGGACGACCCGCUGUGCAUGAUCACCGAGUACAUGGAGAACGGAGACCUCAACCAGUUCCUGUCCCGCCAGCAGGCAGGCACCCCCCUCGCUGGCAAUACACCCACCAUCAGCUACAGUGACCUGCGGUUCAUGGCCACCCAGAUUGCCUCCGGCAUGAAGUACCUCUCCUCCCUCAACUUCGUGCACCGAGACCUGGCCACACGCAACUGCCUGGUGGGCAAGCAGUACACCAUCAAGAUAGCCGACUUCGGCAUGAGCAGGAAUCUCUACAGCGGGGACUACUACCGCAUCCAGGGGCGGGCAGUGCUCCCCAUCCGCUGGAUGUCCUGGGAGAGCAUCCUGCUGGGCAAGUUCACAACGGCCAGUGAUGUGUGGGCGUUUGGUGUGACAUUGUGGGAGACCUUCACGCUCUGCCGGGAGCAGCCCUACUCCCAGCUGUCCGAUGAGCAGGUCAUCGAAAACACCGGCGAGUUUUUCCGGGACCAAGGCCGAGAGGAGGGCUUGGGGCUGGGCAUGGCCACAGUGCCAUGGAGUGCAGGAGACCCCAUCCUGCCAGUGCUGUGGGACCCCCUGUGCCAGCUCUCUCCUCCCUUGCCCCACCUCUCAUAGGCCUCACGGAGGAUGCUGGAUGAUGAAAUGACCGUCAGCCUCUCCUUGCCCAGCGAAUCCAGCAUGUUCAACCACAACCGCUCCUCCUCCUCCAGCGAGCAGGAGUCCAGCUCCACCUACGACCGCAUAUUCCCCCUAGGACCCGACUACCAGGAGCCCUCCCGCCUGAUCCGCAAGCUGCCCGAGUUCACCCCGGGAGAGGAGGACACGGGCUGCAGUGGCCCUGCGAAGCCAUCCCAGGCCAACGUCCCCGAGGGUGUCCCCCACUAUGCCGAGGCCGACAUCGUGAACCUGCAGGGUGUGACGGGUGGCAACACCUACUCAGUUCCGGCCCUCACCAUGGACCUGCUCUCUGGCAAGGAUGUGGCUGUUGAAGAGUUCCCCAGGAAGCUGCUGACCUUCAAGGAGAAGCUGGGAGAAGGCCAGUUUGGGGAGGUUCAUCUCUGCGAAGUGGAGGGGAUGGAGAAGUUCACAGGCAAGGACUUUGCCCUGGAAGGCUUGGACACUAGCUCCAACCGUCCUGUGCUGGUGGCUGUGAAGAUGCUGCGAGCGGAUGCCAACAAGAACGCCAGGAAUGAUUUUCUGAAGGAAAUCAAGAUCAUGUCGCGGUUGAAAGACCCCAACAUCAUCCGGCUGCUGGCUGUGUGCAUCACGGACGACCCGCUGUGCAUGAUCACCGAGUACAUGGAGAACGGAGACCUCAACCAGUUCCUGUCCCGCCAGCAGGCAGGCACCCCCCUCGCUGGCAAUACACCCACCAUCAGCUACAGUGACCUGCGGUUCAUGGCCACCCAGAUUGCCUCCGGCAUGAAGUACCUCUCCUCCCUCAACUUCGUGCACCGAGACCUGGCCACACGCAACUGCCUGGUGGGCAAGCAGUACACCAUCAAGAUAGCCGACUUCGGCAUGAGCAGGAAUCUCUACAGCGGGGACUACUACCGCAUCCAGGGGCGGGCAGUGCUCCCCAUCCGCUGGAUGUCCUGGGAGAGCAUCCUGCUGGGCAAGUUCACAACGGCCAGUGAUGUGUGGGCGUUUGGUGUGACAUUGUGGGAGACCUUCACGCUCUGCCGGGAGCAGCCCUACUCCCAGCUGUCCGAUGAGCAGGUCAUCGAAAACACCGGCGAGUUUUUCCGGGACCAAGGCCGGCAGACCUACCUUCCCCAGCCUGCACUUUGCCCUGACUCAGUCUAUAAGCUAAUGCUCAGCUGCUGGAGACGGGACACUAAAGAUCGUCCCUCCUUCCAGGACAUCCAUCGCCUUCUCCAAGAGUCAGCCAGUGAAGAAUGACCCUCUGCUCCCCCCAAGUCCCCAUCCCCAUCCCUCCCCAUCCCCAGAGGAGCCCCAUACUCAAACCAAAGCCACUUCACUCGGACUUAGCAAUAGAACCCGGGCAGCUGGUCUUGUUCUCAUUGUACAGUGAAGCCUCAGAGGAAAACCCCAAGGGCAGCAAGGAGAGCCACAGCGUGGGACGACUUGGACCUCCUGCUCACUUGCUGACGCAAGCUCGGGAGCCAACAUGGGCUGAGAUGAGGAUUAUUUAUUGAUGCAGCGUGUUCUUGGUGAUGAUGUCCGGGACAGAGAGUGGCUUCUCUCUCCAGGUUGGAGGGGAAGAACGUCAGCUGGACUUUCUCCAUGAGGAAGCUCCCGGCCUAUAUGCAGGGUGGGCACCUGCAGAAGGAAUGUGCACGGGUAUGUGCCUGCUGGAGUAGGGACCAUCCUGCAGCCACUGCCUGCUUGAGGAGCAGCUGGGAGUUGCUCACAGGAGGCUGUGCAAUUACGGGAUGAAAACAAAAACUCUGUGGACAUUAUGGCCUUUGGACAUGCCACAUGGAGGGGCAGGAAGCUCCAUCCUUGCUGGCCAGAGCCGAGUUGCGCAGAGAGAAUCCCAGCCCCUCUCCCAGCUGCUGGAGGGGGCUCAGCCACGGCUCCUCUGUGUCAGCCAGGGAGGAACGGACAUGCCAGCCCUGGAGAGAGGCACACCAAGGGCACCUCCUCCCACUGACCUCAGCCACUCCAGAGCUGCUCAACUGCUCCUGAAAUGCAUUUUGGAUGCCCUGCGGGUGCUACGUGGCAGACGGUGGCGUGGUAGCACCUUUCACCUCCAAGGGGAAAUCUCCAGGUCCUCCUCUCCCAGGGUUAACCCACAUCUUCACCAGCCAUGAGAGGAACGCACAUAGCAGAGUUUUCACCAGCUUCUGCCUGAUGCCCAAGCCUGCAACGGCCCGUGGGCAUGGAGCAGCGGGCACCCCGGCUCUCCCUGGCUCCUGGCCCGGGGGUUGCAGCUCGGCUCAAGUGCCUGGGCUGGACUCUGAUGCCCUGAGCAUCCCGCAGCAGCCUGGCACCAGUCCGUCCUCCCAGGUCUGGCAGCUCCACGAGCAAACUGGGCAGGUGCCAAAGCCGCACGCACCCCAGGAACCCUGGCAGGUCACCUGUCCUGCCCCAUGAACGGACCCUCCUGCAGCUGGACAGAAGGAACUUUGUACUUAGAGGGCACAUGGACCCCUCCAUACUUUUGUACGCAUUAGUUCAGCACCAUCGUCACGCGUGGCACAGUUUCCAGUAUACCAUUGCUAAGGCAUGUAUAUAUUCAGUAGAUGCACCUAUACAUAGGGGCAA